AUGGUUGCUGUGGAGGCAGCGGCGAGGCCGAGCAGGCGGCUCGCGCUGCUGAUGGCGGCGCGCGACUCGGAGUACGUGCUCAAGAAGUACGGCGGCUACCUCCACGUCUUCGUGGCCGCGUUCGGCGGCGCCGGCGAGGCGUGGGACCUGUACCGGGCCAUCGACGGGGAACUCCCGGCGCCGGGGGACCUCGGGGGCUACGACGGCUUCGUGAUCAGCGGCAGCCCGCACGACGCGUACGGCGACGAGCCGUGGAUCCUGCGCCUGUGCCUCCUGGUCCGGGAGCUGCACGCCAUGCGCAAGCGGGUCCUCGGCGUCUGCUUCGGCCACCAGGUGAUCUGCCGCGCGCUGGGCGGGCGCGUGGGCAGGGCCCGCGGCGGCUGGGACGUCGGCGUCAGGGAGGUGGACAUCGCGGACGCGCUGCCGCCGUGUCGGUUCCUCGACGCGCUGCGCGGGCGCGGCCAGCUGCCGCGCCGCGCCAAGAUCACCGAGGUCCACCAGGACGAGGUGUGGGAGGUGCCGGAGGGCGCGGAGGUGCUGGCCUCCUCCGACAAGACGGGCGUCGAGAUGUUCCGCGUCGGCGAGCACGUGCUGGGCAUCCAAGGCCACCCGGAGUACACCAAGGACAUCCUCCUCAGCCUCGUCGACCGCCUGGUCACCGCCGGGUCCAUCACCGUGUCGUUCGCUGAGGUUGUUAAGAGGCAGCUGGAGGCUACUGCGCCGGACAGGGAGUUCUGGCUCAAGCUCUGCAAGAGCUUCCUCAAAGCUGAUGAAGAUAAGGUCUGCAAGUGA